AUGGGGAGAACUCUCUUGCCGGUGUUAAAUGUAGAAAAGAUAACUCAUGAGAAGUUUUCCACAGAGCAUAUUGAUGUGAUGGAUAACAUUCUCUACUGUGUUUCUACACUGCUCCAGCCACGACCAACCCGUCUGCCUCGCCAAGUGUGCCAGAACUACCACCAGGACUCGGAGGCUGCCAUCAACCGCCAGAUCAACCUUGAACUGUAUGCCUCCUAUGUCUAUCUGUCUAUGUCUUGCUACUUAGACCGGGAUGAUGAUAUCAAGACAUCAGACCGGCAUGACUGGGAGAACGGGCUGAAUGCAAUGGAGUGUGCACUGCACUUGGAGAAGAGUGUGAACCAGUCACUACUGGAACUGCACAAACUGGCUACUGACAAAAAUGACCCCCACUUGUGUGACUUCAUUGAGACCCAUUACCUGAACGAGCAGCUGAAAUCCAUCAAAGAACUGGGUGGCCACGUGACCACUCUCCGCAAGAUGGGAGCCCCUGAAGCUGGCCUGGCAGAAGAUCUCUUUGACAAGCACACCCUGGGACACGGUGAUGAGGGCUAAGCUGACUUCCCCAAAGCCACAAGUGACUGUACUGGUCACUGAGGCUGUGCAUGCAUGUCUGGCUGCCUUUAUCGUUUCACCAAAACAUCCACUUAAGUUCUUUAAUUUGUACCAUUUCUUCAAAUAAAGAAUUUUGGCACCC